AUGACCGCCCGUCCGUCGGCUCUGCGGAUCAAUGGCAUCGUGGACAUGCUCCACAGAUUUCAGCGGGGGACAGUGCAGUCAUCCAGCCUGGACCAACAAGUGGAGUUGGCAGAGAAGGGUCAGCCGUACGACCAUGAGGCUAAAGCAAUGCUUGCGCAGGUGACAUGGAGCACCAUACCGAGCCGGGAGGAGAGCUACAAGCUGCGUUUGGUCCUCAACAACGCUGUCUGGCGUGUCAGCCAGGCCUCAACAGCACGGCUGCAGGCCUGGCGUGCCCUCGCUGACAUCGAAGCCAAAUCUGAGGACGAGAAGGAGAAGAAUUUUGCCCUCGACCAUCUUAAAAAGAUCGGAAAUGAGAUCACAGAACUCUGUGAGAAGCUGCUGGAUUCUAUCUACUCCCUCCUGCGAUCUGAGAGAGAUCCAGAAGCAAUAGUAGGUUUUUAA